AAAUUAGAUUUUUGGCAAAUGCGAUCUUUUCGGCAUUGUUGAAAAAUACCUGUGUAUACAAAUAUCGGACAAAAAGAUGAAUCGGAAUUAAUUAAAACAGUUUGGGUAAAAUUCGAUGGGAUGCAUGGACAGUGUAAUAGUAUUCCGUGGGAUGGACACCUAGUAUUCGGUGGGAUAAACUGACGCGGAGGGAACCGUCGGCUUGAACAUAAAAGUAAAUGGGCGUCAAAUUUAUAUAGGCCACUAAAUUACCCAGUGCAGGCACACUUCACGACAUUCUCAUUCACUUAGAAGCUGCACAAAAUCUCAUUUGGGGGAUUUACCAUGAUGCAGAGGACACUUCUCCAGCCUGACGAACGGUGGUCUCGUGUUUGUGGUCAAGACCAUGUCCAGUGAAAAAGAUGAAUGGGAAAUGUCAAAAUCCGUCAUCCGUUCGUAACCUACGCAAAUGUGGCUUACGUUUGAGAACUGACAAUAUCUUGUGACGACACACCAACGUAUGAUAAAGAUUAAUCACUUGACCCUUAACUAGAAACAAACAUGCAGGACGAAGAAAAACCAUCCGAUAUCAUAGUCAUUGUUCGCUGUGUUGUCAUAGUAGCUGCGGCAGUAGUCUGUGUUAUUGGCAACUUCAUGGUGUUGGGGACUCUCUUCUUCGUCAAGUAUCCCAAGAUUCCAUUGUUUGUGGUCAUCGGCUGUUUGGCUUUAUCGGACAUCUUUCGGAUGGUGUCGGAGGUUCCAUUUUACGUCAUUCAAUGGACAAACAAUGGCGAUUUGGUGACCACAGGCUAUUGUAAAGUUAGCGUAUAUGUGAGUGAAGUGAGCAUAUUUGUUGCUGCGUUCAGUUUGGCCAUCAUGAGUAUCACGCGACUGUUGCUACUAACAGACAGGGGUCACUCGCGUAAAUUCGUCAAUCGUACUUACGCAACAUGCGUAAUUCUCUGGCUUGUGACGCUUCUAACAAAUAUUCCGAACAUCAUUACAUCGAAAAAGGACGAACUAUCGCAAAAUUGCGUAGAGGAGAACUCGGACAUCGGGGUAAGUGAGGAAGUGAAACUUUGGCUGUAUGUGACUUUCUCGUUCUUUUUCCAGUUGUUGUUGAUAUUUGCUAUCUACCUCAUUACGUUUUUCCUGUCCAAAAAGUACUUUACUGAAAGUUACUCAAGAAAGGAACGCCGAUUGUCAAUGAUGGUGAACAUCCUGAUCGUGACAUUUGCGAUUUUCAAGUUUCCGUAUAUUGUUGUGAAACUUUAUGAAUUCUAUACGAGCAGGAAAGUGAAAGAUUUGAUUGAUAGAUUCAACAAUGGCGAAGUGUCCAUGGACGAAUUACAGGGGCAUAAAGACAUUGUCAGUUUCGUGAAAGUAGACGAAGUUCGACGAAUUACGGAAUGCGUUUCGCUCUUGGACUUGGCCAUUCGGCCAUUCAUCUAUUACAAACUUUCUUAUUAUUUCAGUAAUAGCUUUGACAAAGUUAUAAACUGUAACAAGUACAAUCGUAAUAGUGACAUUAGAAUAAUAGCGCGCAGACGUCGUAACGACACCGAAAAUACCACGUGCACGACGGUUACCAUAGACACUGCGCGAACUCCGCUCCAUGACGAUGUAAGCGAGGGCGGAAGUUCAGACAGCAUUAAUGGGUGUCAAUUCGAGGGCAGCAUUACCGAAUAUCGCUUUGAAGGCAGCGUAUUAAACGACGAGCUUUACGAUGGCAGCUUCUGUGAAAAUCUAUACGACUUAACCAUGGAGAAGAGAAAGUUCGGCGGGAGUUUCUGUGACAAUGAUGUUAGAGUACACGAAACGGACUUUUUGUGUCAAGAUGCGAGACAUGUUCAAAGCGCUUCGGUUUUGUACUCCAACAGAGAAGAGGAAGCACGUGAUUGUCAGAGAACAUCCAGUACUUCUCAAUUUCAAACAGACUCGACCUCUGUAGCAACGGAUAGGGUUGUUUUUGAGAUCUAGAGAAAAAUCUUCAUAUCGAGGAGUACAUGCGGGCCGUAUCUUUGUUUACGGAUGUUGCAUUUUGUGCCCCCCCCCCCCCCCCCCUGAUUUUUGAUUUUUUUUUUUAUCCGUUGAAGCUUAAGGGUAUUCUGUUGACAGCUAAAGUAGCUUGUAGGAUGGAAAUUUAGAAUCAGAUAUUAGUACAUAUAUGUAGAUCAAAGUAGAUAUAUAUAUAUAUAUUUAGAACCAAAAACGAAAAUUAAGAAAUAAUCUUGGGAGUACAUUCUACACCCACCUGUAUCUAUAUGGUCAUAUUAUUAAAGCCCUGAUUUGAUUUCGAAUUAGAUUAAAAAAAAAAAAAAAAAAAGUGCGUAUUAUUUUUUUUCUUUUCCAAAACAAUUCAAUUUUAUACCAUAAACUCUGAACGAAAACACAGAACUUAAAAAUCUUUUGACCAAUUUCUCCAUAUAAUUCAUUUCUCCCAAAGAUUUGCGUAGUUUACGGGUAUAUUUGUUUUUAUAAAAUGCUUAUAUUCAUUUAAUUUUGUUGUUUAUUAUAGAUUUUCUAACAAUGAAAACAUGGGUGAACCGUUUGAAAAUAUUGUGUGUUUCUGUAUGGUAUACUGGGGUAUUUUUCAGUCUCUUUGUUACAGUUCAUUGAAAACGGGAAUAUAACAAACGAUGAGUGUGAAAUUUAUAUGAAAUUUAUGUAAUGGCAAAUUAAAAGGACCUAAAUAAAUUUAAUGGCAAUGGGCAAAGCGAAUCCCCAACGUGGUUGUUGAUGAACUACAAGGAGAUAGGGUGAUUUGAACACGGAGCGAAAUUGACCUCUUUGCAAUAGGACGAAAGUAACAUGGGGUGGAAAAUCACCAGUGUACAAAUUGUGUUAUAUACGGGAUGCUUAAUUUAAAAUGCAUUUAUUUGAGAAAUAGUUGUGUGGAAAAUGUAUGAUAAUUUAUUAAUUUUACAAGUAUUGUGUGAUUGAUUGAUAGAUAUAUAUAUAUAUAUAUAUAUAUAUAUAUAUAUACCUUUCUCAAGCAUAUGGCAAUCCAUUAAGAUUUUUUGUCCUUCAGAAUAUGCAUUUUCUGUAAUCUGUUAGAAAUAUCAAAUCUCAGUGUAGUUUUUGUUGUCUCCAAAUGUGACCCCCCCCCCCCCCCCCAUUCCCGUUUUCUCUGUCUGGUAAUUGUAUCAGCUUAUGUUAGCAUUACGUCGGUAGAAGGGGACGAAGACACGCGUGGUUAAAUGAAAUGUGUGUGUAUAUUGAUCUUGAAAUUGUUGGAAGUAUAACAAAGCCUGCCACGUGGAUUUUUACCGGUGUUAAGAUUUGAUUGCAAAGUACCUAAAAAUGUUUUCUGUUAAGUUUUCUAGUUUGUCUUUAUAAAAAUCGUGGAGAGAAGGGGGGGGGGGUUUAGUUACCAUGAGUGCGCUUCAUACUUUUCUCCAAGAAGUUGACAUGGUAUUUUAAGUUGGUAAAGAAAUAAUUCAUCUCAGUAAAUAUGUUUUCGUUUAAUUUUUGCCCUUCCCUAAUCCCCAAUUUCCGGUGGAGGGAUUAUCCAGAACAAAAGCUAAAGUACUUACAAGGCCUUUACGUAGGUGGGGGGAUUACAUACAAAAUACUAUUGAAGAAACCUAAAAUUCACAUGUUUUUAAGUAGAGCGUGGUAUCCACUAGAUCAGGUAUAUUAUAUGUAUUCUAGUGCUAUAUGUAUGCUUUACAAUUGAGGAUUGGUUUUCCAUUUACUGAAAUAUGUGUGUGCUAUCGUACAUUAUUAGCAUGUGAUGAAGAGAUGUGUACAACGCUACCCCGGGUGUUGCGUAUUGUUAAUUUGUAUCGUAUUUGCUCAUCAUGCUCAUUGUUAUGAAUAAAUUAUUUGUUACCUUG